GAGUUCGACUGAUGCCGCUUAGCGCACAACAGACGUCAGACACGAAUGUUCAGAAUGCUUCGCGGUGUGCACGAGCGUGUGAUAUCUUUCGAGUUCAUCAGCUGAUCACUCAACUGAUGGCAUGACAGUGUAGAAAUAUUUUAAUGAAAUAUAAUACUUUUCCGACUUAAUGCCGUGCUUCGACAAGUUUUCACGUUUGUGCACUCAGUUACGUUGCGCGCGGGUUUGAUUCGUUAAUCGCAUGUUUUUAGGUUACGUAUCAGUAAAGAUCAGUAGAGACAAAAAUGUACAUAUCGUGCAAUAUAAGAUAUGUUUGGAAAGUGUUUGUGUUGCGGUAAUUUAUAUGUGACAUGUGCAUUUCUCUGAAAUCAAGCACAUUUACACAUAAAUAAUGGGGGUACAUGGUUUAUGGAGAUUGCUCGACGCCUCCGGAAAGCCGGUGCCUUUAGAAAGUCUGGAGGGAAAAGUCUUGGCAAUUGACAUAUCGAUAUGGAUAUACCAAAUAUUGCAAGGAUAUCAGGAUCGUCAUGGCUCGCCUAGGCCUAACGCUCAUUUGCUCGGAUUAUUUGUUAGGAUAUGCAAGCUCCUGUAUUAUAAGAUAAAGCCCGUUUUCAUCUUUGAUGGAGGCGUACCCAUCCUCAAGAAAAAUACAAUUGCCUCGCGCAGGAAGCAGAAAUCUAUUGCCAUGAGUAAGGCGCAGAAGAUGAAGACAGAUUUGAUAAACAACUUGAUAAAGCACAGCGUUGUGAGGAACGUUCUUAACAAAGAUUCCAAGCCAGAUCAAAGUAGUGGAGCAAGAGAAAUACCGAUAAAUAUGCGCACUAAACAUUCCGUGGACGAUAUGUUUGUUUUACCCGACAUGCCAAGCACCAGCAAUGUACAAACUAAUAUUAGCGAUGAUGAGGACGAUUCUGAUACGUCUCUCAAACGGAGUCCACGGAAGCAAUCCAAGUGGAUAGGAAACAUACACAGCGUUGAUGUAACCAGCAGUGAAUUUAAAGCAUUACCUGCGGAUGUUCGUUACGAUAUACUCAAUGACCUUAAAGAAACAAGGAAACAGAAUUCGUGGAGCCGGCUACACGAGAUGCCCUAUGAAUCGCAAGAGUUCUCAGGCUUCCAGUUGAAUCGUUUACUUAAACGUAGAUACGUGCAAGAGUCAUUGGAAUCCGCUGAGAAGGAAAUGGGUGGAAAAACACUGACGUUGGAGGAAUUGGAUAAAUUACUGACUGAACAAGGUAUCAAUACGAAGGGCAGAGACACGGCUUUCCGGAUAGCCGCGGAUGAUACAACCAGAUUAAUUUACAUCAGUGAUAAGAACGCAUUGGCAAAAAGCUCCGUUAAUAACGGAUCAGAAACGGAUAAAAAUAUGUCGCAGAGUGCAACGGAGGAAGUUGAAGUUAUUGCUGGCCCAAGUAAUCCCACGCCAAUUGUAGAGAAUAUGAAUGAAUACGAAUUAAAUGAUGAUGAUAGUGAUGAUGACGUUGAUACAUUGAUUGAUUAUAGCGAAUCUCUGCCUAUUGUGGAAGAUGUAAAUGAAUACGCAUUCGACAGUGACUCUGACAGGGAAUCUGAAACGGACACAAACGAGUCACGGACAUCGGCUAAAAGAUACUUUAGUAAAAAUACGACAAAUCCUGCAUUAACAUACUUGUUAGAGCAUAGUAGUUUAACUCAGAAUCAGAUCAUGCAUCUCAUUAAACACAAUAAAAGUGAAGGCCGUAAAGUAGUAAACAAAAAGAUAAAAACACCAGAUGUUUGCUUGGAAUUAACGGAAGACGGAAAGCAAACUAUUGAUAAACCGACAUCAGUAUUUCUUGAAAAUUCUGAGCAAGUCGCAAAAUCUGUAGAAUUACACAAGACUACAUGCAAGAGCGAUGAAAACAAAACGAUUGAAUUAAUUCCAUCUAGUCCGGAAUCGGAUAAUUUUGUUGAAGUCGAACCGUUAAAGAGUGUUGAGACUUGGAAUAUCACCAUAACGUCCAACAUUCCCAGCUCCCAGGAUAAUGGACCUAAGGAACCUUCUGCUACACCGUCUAAUGACGUAACACAGACAGACACAUUAGAUUCUGAUUCCGAUGAUUUCAUAGAGGUUCAGGAUGUUCCAAUAUUUGAUGCGAGUAUCUCAAAAGACACCGCGAGAAAAAAGAAUCUCGAAAUAGCUUUCAAACCUGGUGAAAAACCAAAGGACGAUAUAUUUGCCGAUAUAUUUGGGAAAGCGGACAAAAGUAAAUCUCCAACAAAUUCAGAACAAUCACUAUCUAUCAGGACAAAUCGGCUAAUAUCAAAUCCCGAGAAGAGUAAUAAUUUAAAGCGCAAUGUAUUGACUCCUAUACCCGAGGAAACAAUCAUAAAGGAAGUAAAAGCUGAACCACAAGAAGAUACUCGAUUAACGGAGAAUAUAUCGAACGACGAAGCCAAAAUAUGUGAUUGCCAGAACUCUAACGAACAAAUGGAACAAAAUAAUGCAGAUACACUUACUGAUGUCGACAAACAUACGCAAGAGGAGAAGCCAGUAACGUUGCCUACAAGUGAAAAAGACUUGAUAGAAUUAAAGGAACAAUUAGAGGAUGAACAGGAAGAACUGACAAGAGGAAUUGGCAAAUUUGAGAGGCAAGCUACUAACAUUUCUGAUCAAAUAAAAACGGAAGCACAGGAAUUAUUACGAUUAUUCGGUAUACCGUACAUAGUAGCUCCCAUGGAAGCGGAAGCACAGUGCGCGUACCUGGAACGGAUUAAACUCACUGAUGGUACGAUUACCGAUGAUUCCGAUAUUUGGCUUUUUGGUAGUGAAUGUGUGUACAAGAACUUCUUCAACAAUAACAAGAGAGUAUUGCAAUUCUGUGCCUCUGAUAUCCAACAGCAUUUCAAACUCAGCCGUAAUCAAUUAAUACAAUUAGCCAUAUUGGUUGGUAGCGAUUACACUACAGGAUUGACCGGCAUUGGACCAGUCACUGCGCUGGAAAUAUUGGCUGCGUUUCCCGCCGAAGGAGAUAACAUAUUACAUGGAUUACAUAAUUUUUCUUCAUGGAUGAAAAAUGGAAGGAUUGCCGCUCCUGGGAAGACGGGCUUACGCAAUAAAUUGCAAAACGUGAAAGUAGACAAUGAUUUCCCAAGUCAAGCGGUUGUCCAAGCGUAUCUUUUUCCCACGGUCGACGAAUCGAAGGAAACUUUUACCUGGGGCAAGCCGAACAUCGUGCUCCUUUACGACUACACUAGACAGAAAUUUGGAUGGACGAAAGGCAAGUUUGACGACACGGUGAUACCAGUGCUGAAGCGCAUGGAAGAAAAGAAAAGUCAAAAAUUGCUGGACACAUAUUUCAAAACGAAGACAUCGCCACGAUCAAUCGAGCCAAGUUUAAGUAAACGAGUUCAAAAGGCUGUACGUAAAUUAAAUGACGAUGUAGACGAAGAAAAUGCGGAUGGUGAAUCCCAAGCGAAGAGGAGUAAGAAAUGUAAAGCCGAUCAAACGUCGAAAAAAAAAAAAAAUGACGAUAACGUGACUUGGUCGUCUCAUCAGUCCAUACAGCCUACAUACAGUGAAACAAAUGUUACUCUCGAUAAGCCAGUAAAAUCAACCACUGAAACAAAAUGUGCCAGAGAAUAUAUACCGCAGCGAGAAAAGGACAAAGCAUGCGCGCUAAAAAAGAAACUGCACGCUAUAGAGGUGUUUAGAAAAUCGAAGCAAGGUUUGGGCAAGACGAGAAAGAUAAAACGCACAGUACGAAAAAUUAAGACGGAAGCGGAGCUAUCGGAAAGCGAUAGUAACUAGACCUGUGAUGUAAUUGAAAACCGAAAGAUGUACAUUUUUUAUAUCAUGAAACUAAAAAUCUUGGUAGCAUUGCCAGAAUUAAACUCGUUAAUUUAUUUUCGUAUUCUUAGUUUAUUAAGGUUCUGAAGAUUGUUGUACAUAUAAAAACUAUAGACCUUAAAACUAUAGAUCUAUAAGGUCUAUGGAUGAAACGCAACGCUGUGUAAAUUGUCCAUUACUUAUAGAAUAAAGGUCCCGUUAAAUC